AUGCCAUCAACACACAACAGAGACAAGCCAUGGGAUACACCCGACAUAGAUAAGUGGGCCAUUGAAGAGUUCAAGCCGGAACACAAUGCUUCUGGUCUACAUUUUGCUGAAGAAUCAUCAUUUAUGACUCUUUUCCCUAAAUAUCGAGAACAAUAUCUUAGAAGCAUAUGGAGUGAUGUAACUAAAGCCUUAGACAAGCACCACAUACGAUGUGAAUUAGACUUAGUUGAAGGAUCAAUGACGGCGAAGACCACGCCAAAAACAUUUGAUCCUGCCAUGAUUAUCAAGGCUCGUGAUUUAAUCAAAUUAUUGGCUCGUUCAGUACCUUUACCACAAGCAGUCAAGAUCUUGCAGGAUGAUAUUGCUUGUGAUGUGAUCAAGAUUGGUAAUUUUGUCACCAAUAAAGAUCGAUUUAUCAAACGAAGACAACGAUUAGUAGGACCCAAUGGAAAUACCUUAAAGGCAUUGGAAUUAUUAACUCAAUGUUAUAUCUUGGUACAGGGAAACACGGUUAGUGCCAUGGGUCCAUACAAGGGGUUAAAAGAAGUGAGAAGAGUAGUUGAAGACUGUAUGAAGAACAUCCAUCCGAUAUACUAUAUCAAAGAAUUGAUGAUCAAACAAGAAUUGCAGAAAAACCCUGAAUUAGCUCAUGAAGAUUGGUCAAGAUUCUUGCCUAGUUUCAAAAAGAGAAAUGUUGCCAGAAAGAAGGUUAGUAAGAAUAAACAGGGUAAGGGAGGAGCAGCAGAAAAGAAAGUUUAUACCCCAUUCCCACCAGCUCAACAACCACGUAAGGUUGAUUUGCAAAUUGAAAGUGGUGAGUAUUUCCUUGGUAAACGUGAAAAGGAAUUGAAAAAGAUUCAGGAAAAGAGAGCCCAACAGGAGGAGAAUAGUGAGUUGAAGAGACAAGAAAGAGCUAAGGAUUAUGUUGCACCUGAAGAAGAUAGUUAUGAGAAUAAACUUUUAAAGAGUAAGGAAAAGAAGGAAAAUAAGGAAAAGAAGGAAAAGAAGGAAAAGAAGAAAAGGUCAAGUGAAGAUUCCAACGACGAUGAAGACGGUUCCAAACAUAAGAAAUCUAAAACAGCCUAA